CGGGUAUUUUUUUUGUGUUUGUUGUUACAUAUAAUCCGAUCAAUUUCGAUCGCCCGCUUGGCAAAUCAGUGUCUUGCUGUUCCGAUUGGUGAGCUUUUGCCAAUUCUCGGCGAGCGUCAGUAAAUCGUUCGAUUUGGCUUUAAGUCCGCCCGUGCUUUUGCGUUUUCCUUGGCUCUUUUCUUCAUUUUUGUGCCCGUUUUCGUUUUCCACUUGGAAUCGCGAGGGGAUGUAGGAAGGGGAGCAGGAGCGAAGACUCCCGACCGAGUGCAUCCCCCAUGUGUGUGCGUGUGCGUCUGUGAAUACGGUGGUGCUGCCAAUGCAAUUGUAACUUAGCGCGCUCAUAAAAAUCAAAAGUAUAUUUAGAUAUACAUGUAUAUAUAAUAAUCGGAUACGUUUUCUCAUUGCGCCCCCCCCCCCCCCCCCUGUCGGUGUGUGUGCGUGUGUAUUUAAAUCAGUAAUACAGUGUGUGUGACGAGCGCGCUGGGGUUUGUUGUUGAGUGCGAGUGAGCAAGAGAGAGGGAGCACGAGCGAGACAGCAGCCGGAGCAACAGAGAGGCAAACAGGAACUGCAACAAGAAAAACAAAAACAUUCUGUGGCAGCAGCGAUGACUUUCAGUCGCUGCACUGGCAAAGCGCUGCCGCGAAGUGUUUUGUGGUGUUUCCUCAUCCUCGUCUGCUAGGAUUAACUAUAUCACUGAGUGACUACGAACCGGCAAUUCCAGGAGAAAUCGCAGGCCAAGGAAAGCCUUGAAUUUGGCACCAUGCCGCGCUUUCGCAACGAGACGCCGGAGCAGCCGCAGUACAGCGAUGGCGAAGUGGUCUGGGUAAAGAUCCACAACACCGAGAUCUGGUGGCCCGGCGAAGUGACCUCGUCGCAGGACUUUCGGUUCGUGAACACCACGCGCCCGCCGUACGCAGUUGUGGCGUUUUUCAACGAGAAAACCUUCGAGCAAGUGAGUUCCCCGAAGCUGAUUUACCCCUUCGAGUGCGAGCACAAGGAGGAGUUCAUUAAGCGCGGCAAAAAGAAAGCCGAAGGGAUCCACAUGUCCGACAAGUUCUCAGACGACGUGGCGAUCGCCGAAUCGCGUAGCGGUCGCGUCUAUCGCUCAUCGAUGUCAUCCCUAGAGGAGUUCUUAAAGGGACCCGCCCCUCGCCCGGAAAGCAUUAUCAAGGCCUGGUAUUCGAGCAAUAGCAACAGCAGCGGCGUGCAGAGCAGCAAUGCGUGCAGCAGCGGAGUGCCUUCGGCAGCGGGUCGAGUAAGUAGCUUGGCACCGCUCCAAGCCAAUGAUAAACCCGUAUUCCGACAGAAGGAGUCCACGUUCCACAUCAUGGAUCUCGGGCGCUGCUCUGCACUUCCGCCCCGUGGCGAUGACUUCGAGUGCACCAUGUGCGACUUUCACACCAAAAGCAUGAGCGUCCUGCUCAUCCACCGUCGCAAGCAUAUGGAGUCGAGAAUCAGCUAUCGCACUUUCAGCAGCAACAGCACCACCUAUACGGCCACCAGUCCGGCCACCAGAACGGACACCAGAACGGCCAGUAGAACAGCCAGCAGAACGGCCACCAGUCCGGCCACCAGUCCACGAAGAGCGUCGCGUCGUGCCCACACCACCAUCGUUCACGAAGUGAACGCCCGAAAGAGCCGGAACAACCCAGUGCGCUGCAGCUCUCGCCACGUGUCCAUUGUGAUUGACGUUCCGCUGACAAACGAGGAGCAUGAGAAGGUGAUGAGCAUCGUUGACCAAACGUUGGCCAGCAUCGAGCUCGUAGUGGGCUCCAAUGCUGGCAGCUCCGCGGGCUCCGCUUCAGAGUCCGCCCCCACGCGAAAGAGCUCCUCCGCGUCGUCGUCGGCGCCCGCUGCGGUAAACACGCGACGCAGAACUGCGAGCACUCGAGAUCCGCGUAGCCAGCGCUCAAACCAACUGCGUGCCACCAUGCCCGCUCCACAGUCGCCGCCGGCAAAGCAACGUCGUCUCACACGCUCCAUGAGCAGGCGUCUGCAAGGUGCCUCGCCAGUUGCCGUCUCCUCGGAGAUUCUGCCGCCACCCGUGCAGGUAAAUUCGCGUCGUAAUGCACGCAGACGCUGCACACUGGCUGCCACCACUAGUGCGCCAGUUACUCCGCCCAGACGGGGCCAUCCCUUACGGAAAACGAUGACGACAUCGCCAUCGAACACCGUCUCGCCUCGAAGCGCAGGUCGGCGCAAGCAACCAUUCUCAAGGGCUAGAACGACCGUAACUGGUGAUGCGCAUAUUUCUACUGCGCUCUCUAGGACUAGAAUGACCGUAGCUGCUGAUGCGCAUAUUUCUCCUGCGCUCCUCACAUCGCCUUCAAUCAAUCGUGCGGCAGGUGACAAAAUUGAAUCGGAAAAACAGGUGGCAGAGCCCAAUCUGCCCAUCAGUCCAUCGCCAGAGCCAACGUCAUCAAUGGCUGACAUCGCACAGCCGAAUCAGAAUCUCCAGCAUAUGCAGAGCAGCAUUGACGCCUCCAAGCAGCUGCAGCUAAGUCUGAUGGCGGAGUGGGGUGACGACGAGACGGACGAGUCGAUGGAGGAGCCACCGCAGCCGGUUGAGAAGGAAACCAAAAUCGUGAAAUCACUGCCGGCGGCAGAGCAACAUGCGGAUGAGGAAGAACAGGAGCAGGAGAAGACUGACGGCGGUGCUGCCAAGAAGCGCAUACGCAACAUACCAAAGAAGGAUCGGCGCGACGUAGUCGUGCAGGAAUUCGACGUGCAGGACAGCCAGCAAGACCUCGAUGACCCGGAGGUUGACGAGCCGAUUUUAAUUCAGGAUAGCGAUGCCAGCUCCAACGGCAGCGUCGUAUUCGUGGAAGACGAGCCGAGGCAGCGCGGACGGGGAGUUUAUUCGCAAUCCAAUGGCAAUGUCAAUGUCAGUGAUAAGGCCGCGUCCUCGUCGAAGGUGGCCAGCAACAUCCCGUCCUGCUUUGACUUCGAGGAGGAGGAUGAUGUACAGCAACAUGAGGGCCAGAAUGGUCUAAGCUAUAGGCGCGGAACAAAUACCAAUCGUCCUGAUGUCAACGGCAAAGGACCCGUUGAGGAGGACAUACUCGAGAGGAAUGAGGAGCAACCUGUCGAUGAGGACGAACUUGACGACAACGUCUCCUACGAUUAUGCCUUCAAGGGUUUUGAAGAUGUCCACAAACCGACAAUCGAGGAAGGCAAGCAGACUCUAGAGGAGGCACAACGUGAGCCUGAUGUGGAGCCCGAGCCGUGGCAGCAGGUAGCAGCCUAUGCCGAGGAGCCUGAUGAAGCGAUUCCCGAGGACGACCCUGAGGGCGAGGCGGGAGAUCACAUGUUCCUGCCGAUCAAGGAGCCUCAAAAACGCAUCUUUAAGUCACGAAACAAAUCAACAAUGGCAUGUCCUCCUGACGAGGAUCUGCUACCAGCCUCCAUGACUUCCACGUUGCCAAGCGCCCACGAAGAUGAGCUGACUGCGCCCAUGUCUUAUAGUCCUCUCCAGGAGGCGAAUUGCGUCAGAACACCGCUUUCAAAUCACGAAACGGGCAGGGCCAUCAGCGCCAACAACAGUAACCCAUAUAGCAGCAAGGGAGUGCUGGGUAACAGCAUGACAAGGAAGCGCCGCAACAAAUCCAAGACUGAAUCGUCCCGUCGCCUGUCACAACGCUCCAGGCCAAUGACACGUCAGCAGACUCCCUCGCGCGAGCACGAGGAGCUGAGCAACCACAGCAGCAGCGGAAGCAGCAGAAGCAGCAGCAGCAGCAGUAGCAGCAGCAGCAGUAGCAGCAGCAGCAGCAACACGAGCAGCUCAAGCUCUAGCUCGGACUCGCACGGCAUCGGAACACUGUCCUCGGAGCCGAGCUCCAGCAACAGCUGCUCCAUAGCCUCCAACAUUGCAGUGAUCUCGGCAGAAGAGGCGCAAGAGCUGCAGCGGUCCGCCUCGGGCGCCGGUCUCAUCCACGCCGCCAUCGUUGACGCCACGCAACCGGUGCAGCGUGGUGGCGUGCUUAUCCUAGAGGAUAUUAGGCUGCCGAACUUGUAUGAACCCUCUAGCCUGCAGUCAUCGGACAGCAAUGGCAGCCGCCGGACAAACUCACACCCGCCGGAUGAGGGCGACGAACAGUCGCAAGACCUGGCAGAUCAGCCGGGAACAAACGAUGAAGACCGGGAUGUGGAGCAUUUGAUUGAUGACGCAGAGCCAAUGGAGCAAGGGGCGGCAGAGGAUGACCAGUCGGCAGAGGACGACCAGCAGGAGAAGGAGCAGGAGCCGGACCAAAAGUCGGAGGGUAAGCCGGAGUCUGAGGCAGAGAACGACUUGAACCGCUUGUCUCCGAUCCCCGAAGUCCGUUAUCAGCUGCAGCCUGGCAUCAAUGGCAACCGCCAGACGAACUCACACCCGCUGGAUGAGGGCGACGAACAGUCGCAAGACCUGGCAGAUCAGCCGGAAACAAACGAUGAAGACCGGGAUGUGGAGCAUAUGAUUGAUGACGCAGCGCCAAUGGAGCAAGGGGUGGAAGAGGACGAGCAGGCGGCAGAGGAUGACCAGUCGGCAGAGGACGACCAGCAGGAGAAGGAACAGGAGUCGGACCAAAAGUCGGAGGGUAAGCCGGAGUCCGAGGCAAACAACGACUUGGACCGCUUGUCUCCGAUCCCCGAAGUCCACUACCAGCUGCAGCCUGGCGAGUUGCUGCUUAUUCAGCGCGAACAGGAGGAGGCCGUACUGCGCCAGUACGAGGCCGACGUGCCCGUGCCCAGUGGUCGUAGUGCAGAGAAGUGUCGCCAGGACCGCACGCGCUUGAGCCGAACAAUGUCAUUCCCCGAAGAAUCAGGCGUACACGAGUCAGAGUUGGAUGGCACGCUGCUGGCCGCGUCGUCAUCAGAGGAGCAAGAACGGGAUGGGGAACCGAACGGGACUGGGGUCGGCUCCGAAGACGUACAGUCCACAGCAAUGUCUGUGGAUGAAGAAGAAGCAUCUGACGACAGGGGGUUCCAGAUGUCAAUGGACAUGGACAUCGCACUGGAUGCCGUGGAGCUGGUAAUGCCGGUUUCAUUGCUGCAGACCUCCCGCCGUCCUGCUAGCUACCCGCAAGUCACUCCACUGGCGACCACCCAGUCGGCCAUUGGCUUAAAUCGGCCCACCAGGCAUUUAAGCUGCGCCCGAGCCCUGAGCGAUGAGGACAUGGCCAAGGCCCACCAGCAGCUGGUGGAUCUGCGCGAGCAGCAGCGCCUCUGCUUCACCCCGCCAUCGCCGCCCGCGGUCCUGACUCCUCCUGCAACACUGCUGCAGGCCAGUGGCCAGAGAAAGGAGCGUCGCCGCUCGAAGAACGCACCAAGUGACCACGCGGAGAGCGGCUCCCGCAGCGAAGGCGGCGAGGAAUCGUCAAGCGACGCCAAGGAUGGUCAGGAGAGUCCCGAGAACCCGCCACAACUGUGCGCUGGACGCAUCUGCGCGGUGAUGACUCGACCGAUCCCGGGCUACAGCCACACCUUCAUGCUGUGCGCGCUGAACAACAACAACUUUACGCCCCUGAACAACGUGGCGCUGUACCUGGACAACGAAAAGAACCACCUGGUGCCGGUGCCGCGGGAGAAACUGUUGGAGCCGCCGCGCCUUGCCGACGGCCAUCCGCUGUCCGCCGUCUUUGCGGACAUUGACUUUCUGGGCGAAGACGCGGUGGCCCAGGUGGUGGAGCCAUCGGAGGCGGAGGCUGAGGCGGAGAUGGUGAUGGAGAUGGAGAUGGAAAUGGAGACUGAGCAGGAACUCGUCCAGGAUCAAGUGUCGCCGCGCCAACUGUCGCCGCAAAUGUUGCUAAGCGAGGCCGAUAAUGAGUACAAUAACGAGAACGACGUUGAGGCUGUGGACGCGAUGGGCAUCAUGACACCACUCAGCCAGGUGGCCGAGGGAGGCGCCUUGGCGGUCGCCGGCAGCUACGUGAACGAGGAGGAGGAACUGUCUCUGCACGAAGAACAACUAAUUGGCCAAAUAAUGCAGCUGAACGUUAACGGGUUCCACUUGCAGCUGGAUACCUCGAUGCUAUUCAGCAUGGCAGAGCAGCCGGACACCUGCAUCGAGGUGAACGUCACGGAUUCAGGAUCCAGCACAUCUGCUGCCGGUGGCAGCAUGACAGCCAUGCUUAAUGCUCGCGACAUCCUACAUGCGGCAGAGGCAUACCUGCAGGAGCGCGAUCUGCGGCUGGUCAACGUGGAGAACAUGACGCUAGACGACGCGGAGGGCGAUGUGUCAACAGCCGAUCUGGCUGUGCCCCCCGGCCCUGAUCUGCUCUCCCAAGCGCUGGUCGGCAGCCAGGUCGUGGACGACUCGGAAUUCGUGAACGCAGCCAACGCUGGCGUUGGCAUACUUCACAUCGAUACUCGCAACGGCCCUGGCCUACUGCAUAUGGGCAACGACGAGCCGGGCAGCGUGGUGUUCAUUUCGCAUCCCAUGCCUACGCAGAAUGUCCACCUCACGCCGCCGAUCACGGCGCGCACCAACGAGACAAACGCGCUGCUCGACCAGACGCCCAUCAUGUCCACGCUGGAGAGUCCCAGAGGCAUGCAGCUGCGCCGCGUUUCGCCGCUGGUCGAGGGCAACCUGGAGGACAGUCUGGCCGUGAUCGGCGUGACGAACGGCAGCGGCGUGCCCACCUCGCUGGAACUGCCCAUAACCGUGACCAAUCCGGCCAUCGCAUCCCGUAAGGGGGCGCCCGUCGCCGAAAUGCUGCAGUUCGCUCCUUUCCAGUAGGAGCGGCAGAUCAGCUCAGUCCAAGAACAGUUCAAUUCGCUUUAUUACUUUUUUAUUUUUUUUAUUACACCUAAGGAGUUUCAGUAAGAAUUUAGAAGAUGCAGCGUAUGCAUUUAAGUUUGAGCGGCUGGCACGGAAGCCCAAUGCCCCUAUUUGUUAUUUGAAUUGACACGAAAAUGGACUACGACGACGACAUUGCGCCACGGCCAAUGUAAAUAUAUUUGCUUAAUUAACCUAAGUUAGAUUCGUGAACUUCACCUAUCCCUUGCAUUGCAAAUGCACGGUAGCCAGUGGAGUUCCAUUUGCAAGUAGGGAUGUAAUAACCAUAGCAUACACGCGAACAGAACGCAACAGACCAGGAUAAGCUCGAUCGCGAAUCGAUGCGCGGCACCAAAGCAACAACAUAAUACGACAACCAGAACAGAAUAUAAGUACGCUCCUGUGUGCAGGAAGGAAGCACACCUUCGUAAGAUGACCAUACCAUAGAAGACCAUACGCCAGUCCAGUCGCUAAGCUAAUGAAUGUGUAAAGAGAGCCGCGAGGCAGGCGGCGGGCUGGGCAGACAAAGCUGCCCAGCUGGGGCAGCUAUUUGAAUAAAUGCAACAUGUGCAACGGGCGGACCUUGGUGUUAUUGGACGGAGCCACUGCAGCAGCACACUCACUCAAGCUCAUGCCAGUGCCUCAUCGCGACGGCCUUUCAUACGUAGAGAUAUAGUAGUAGUAGUCGAUCGAUCAUCUGUACAGUUUUCAUUCUCCAGAACACGCAACAUAGGAAUUUAUGAAGGAGGGAUAUACAUAUUGAGGCAGGAAAUGUACGCUAAUGAGAAGAAAUUUUUGAUAACAGCUUUUUUUUUUGUAAGAAACGAAAUUCUAUACCUAAUGAAUGGAACGAAUUGUCAAAACGAUUUUACUUUUGUCAAAUACCCCAUUUUCGAUUAAGUCACAUAAGAAACAUCAGCACUAACUUACUUUUGUCAACAAAUAAUCCAAAAGAAUGGAACGAAUUGUCAAAACGAUUUUACUUUUGUCAAAUACCCCAUUUUCGAUUAAGUCACAUAAGAAACAUCAGCACUAACUUACUUUUGUCAACAAAUAAUCCAAAAGAAUGGAACGAAUUGUCAAAACGAUUUUACUUUUGUCAAAUACCAACUUUUAAUUAAGACACAUCAGAAACAUCAACGCUAUUUUACUUUUGUCAACCAAUAAUACACAAGUGUUGAAUAAGUAUUAACUAUAAUAUCCUACAAGAAUCGGAGCCUGAAUAUGUAUACACUUCAUAUUUUUAUUUUUGUAAACCAAAAACUGCGAACCUUAUAAAUAUAUUUUGCAUUCCUUUUCGUUUUGGAAACUGCAAUUAAAACGCGA